AUGGACGAGUUCUUGGAGACAACAGAGCUGGGAACCAGCAUGCACCUGUAUGAGAAUCGGGUCAGCAGCUUUGGUGACCUAUGGCCGCUUAGCCGUCGCCGCAAAUGCAACCCCAAAAACUUGGCCAAGACGGGGUUUUAUCACACUGGCAAUGUCAACAGUCCGGAUGCGACUGUCUGCUUCAUGUGCGACAAGGAGCUGGCCGAUUGGGACCCCAAAGACGACCCCAGCAAAGAGCAUCGCAAACACGCGCCUGCUUGCCCCUUCCUCAACCUAGACCUGGCUGAGAGUCGUCGUGCCACCUUCAAAUGCUGGAAAGAAGGCAUCCUCGAUGCCACAGUCGAGCAGUCUGUCCGUGCAGCUCGCGAUGCCGAGGCUGCUCGUGAGACCACCCCCGAGCCUUCCGAGGCCGAGGCCUCGGCCUCGGCUGAUGACGACGCCACAGAGUUUUCCAACAAGCUGAACGACAUGGAGGAAGGCUCCAAUAAACUUGCUCAAAAGGCAGAGGAAGACACCCGAGCUACCCCCACCAAGUCACCUGCAAACGAAGUCGAUACGGUGCAACGUUCUGCCAAGACCAUCGCCCGUGCCAAGCGGGACACACCCUCCACACAAUCCGAGCCUGCGGUACAAUCAGAGGAUGUGCAGGAUUCUACCAAGAGUGCCAGGGCCGGUUCGCAGCCGACAGCAAAAAAGUUGGACGCUCCCGACGUUCAAGACAUGACCAUGGCUGAAUUCUUCGACGCCAAAAAGGCCGAAAAGCUUCAUGCAAUCGUGCAAGCCGGGGAGGCCCGACUUGCCGCCUUUCGCGCUGCAGCAGCUGACACACGGGCACAGCUGGUGGCCAUGCUUGCAUAG